GAAUGAAUUCUUCUGCGUCUUCAUCAGCCUGUCUCUCGCUUUGUUCCUCUCUCCCACUUUCUGUUUCCAUCUCUCCCCAACCCCUCCAUCUCUCUCUCUGUCCUUCUCUUCUUUCCUCUGUCCCUCUAUCUCCCCGUCUCUGUCCCUUUAUCCCCUUGGUGUCUCUGCUCCUUCCUCCAUCCCCCCUUCCUCCAUUUCCCCUUCUCUCUCCUUCCUCCUUCCCUCGCUCCAUCACCCCUAUCCUCUCCCACCCCAUCCGCCCAUCUCCUCCAUCCUCUCCCACCCCACACCCCCCCAUCUCCCCAUCCUCUCCCACCCCACACCCCCUCCCUCCAUCUCCCCUGCUCUGUCCCCUCUGUCCCUUUGUCCCCUCGGUGCCUGUCGCCUUGUAUCACCCUGUUCCUUGCUCCCCCCUUCAUUUGUCCCUCUAUUUUCUCCUCCAUCACUUCACUCCUCCCCAAUCUCUCCCUCUCUCUAUUCCUCCCCGUCUCUUCAUUUCUCCCGUGCCUCAGUCUCUCCCUCCAUUACUCUGUCUCUGCCUCUGCGCGUCCCGUUGUCCCUCUGUCCAUCCGAUAGGCCUCUCCUCGGGUGCCCGAGUUAGGCUCCCCCAACCCUCUCCCCUGGCUGCUAAUGAGCAGAGGAGCCUUUGAGGUGGCCAGGGCUAGGGUGGGGGGGCUCCCUGAGGGUGGCGGAGGGGGCAGCUGCUGCCAAGGCCCUAAUGAGGCCCCCUCUGUGCCCCUCCCGCCGCGAUCUUAAUUCCCAGUUCUCCCUGGAGCCACAGCUAAUUGGCCUGGGGAGGGGCCCCCCUCCUGGCUCUCACUGUGCCCCCGGGGGCCCCCACUCCCGCGCGUCUUUUAACCCCUUCCCCGCCGCAACCAUGUCCAACAACAUGGCCAAGAUUGCCGAGGCCCGCAAGACGGUGGAACAGCUGAAGCUGGAGGUGAACAUCGACCGCAUGAAGGUGUCGCAGGCAGCAGCGGAACUCCUGGCUUUCUGCGAGACGCAUGCCAAAGAUGACCCGCUGGUGACGCCAGUACCCGCCGCGGAGAACCCCUUCCGCGACAAGCGCCUCUUUUGUGUUCUGCUCUGAGCCCUCCGGACAUUUUACCCUCCCCUGCCAAAGUAUGGAUCCAAUAAACUUGGUAACUGUG